UUCUCUCAUUUCUUUCAAAGUAUCAAAAACUUGGUAUACAAAGAUAUCCUUAUAUUUUCAUAAACAUGACUAGCAUGAAAAGAAGCAGAGAAGAUGAUGGGCAAGUGGAAGCACAAGCCAUGGCUAACUGCGCCUUAAUUCUAAACAACAAACUAGAUCAUUGGAAUGACUUCGAAUGCAAGACUUGUAAUAAACGUUUUCCAUCUUUCCAAGCCCUUGGUGGUCACCGUGCAAGUCAUAAAAGGCCAAGAUUACUCGCAGAUUUUGUUAUUGAAGCCAAAAAGAAUAAGAUGUAUAAAUGUUCUAUAUGUGGAAUGGAGUUUUCUUUAGGUCAAGCAUUAGGCGGACACAUGAGGCGUCACCGUGAAGAAAUUAAUAAAACGUCGACGAUGAUACCGGUGUUGAAGAAGUCAAAUAGCAGCAAGAGAAUAUUUUGCUUGGACUUAAACUUAACACCUGAUGAUGAUAUUGAUCUGAAGUUAUGGCCAACGGCACCAGCUCCAUCUCCCAUUUUACGUAUCUUUAUUUUUGGAGACCCAACUUACGGUCAACUAAUGGCUGUGCCACCUACCACCACCGCCAUUACACCAUACACUUCUGUUUCAAACUUUAAGUUACCACCUGGCUGGGGUGUUGAAGAAGUGCCUCGUUCUAAAGGAUAUCGAGUUGACAGGUAUAUAUGUGAUGAAACAACACCAACACAAGUAUCAUAUCCCACUUCUAUAUUCUCUCAUUUCUUUCAAAGUAAGUAUCAAAAACUUGGUAUACAAAGAUAUCCUUAUAUUUUCAUAAACAUGACUAGCAUGAAAAGAAGCAGAGAAGAUGAUGGACAAGUGGAAGCACAAGCCAUGGCUAACUGCGCCUUAAUUCUAAACAACAAACUAGAUCAUUGGAAUGACUUCGAAUGCAAGACUUGUAAUAAACGGUUCCCGUCUUUCCAAGCCCUCGGUGGUCACCGUGCAAGUCAUAAACGGCCAAGAUUACUCGGAGAUUUUGUUGUUGAAGCCAAAAAGAACAAGUUGCAUAAAUGUUCUAUUUGCGGAAUGGAGUUUUCUUUAGGUCAAGCAUUAGGUGGACACAUGAGGCGUCACCGUGAUGAAAUUAAUAAAACAUCGACAAUGAUUCCAGUGUUGAAGAAGUCAAAUAGCAGCAAGAGAAUUUUUUGCUUGGACUUAAACUUAACCCCCGAUGAAGAAAAUGUUGAUCUAAAGAUAUGGCCAACAGCACCAGUUCCAUCUCCAGUCUUACAUAUCUUUAUUUAGGUCCCCUUUCAUUGUUAUCCUUGUACAUAGGAUUAGGAGUUGAAGUUGAUUUGUUAAUUCUUUUCUUGUACAAUAUAUGCUGCAUUUUUUUUUCUUGUAUAUUUCCUUAAUUCCCUUGAUUCUUUAUGGGAACGGUAGAGUAAUUUUAUUAUCUUGA